AUGGAGUCUUUGAUGCAACGAAUCAAUGAACACAUUCGUGUGGAGGAUGAUACCGCUUCCGUGACCGAGAAGUUUAAUCUGGUAGCUGCGGACAGAAAGGCAGCGAAGAAAGUUCACUCAGUUGGGCAGGCAGACAACCGCCCAAACGACCGGUCAAAAGAUCAACGUCGUGGCUCAAACCGUGAUGACAGAAACAAAGGUCGCAGAAGCGAUCGAGAUAACGCUCCCCGUGAUGAAGAGGAGGAUGCCAAGAGAAAAUUGAAGGCAAGAACUGGUAUCACCACGGUCUUCAAAAUCCCUAUUUACCGCAUACUGAGUGAAAUCCGAGGUGAGCCUUUCGUCUGCUGGCUAGCCAAGUUGGGGAGCGCACAGAGAGGCUUCAACUCGAGAUAUCGCUGCACCUUCCAUGAGGAACGGGGGCAUCGAACGGAGGAUUGCUUGCUACUCAAACAACAUUUGGAAGAGCUGGUGGCGGCGGGACAUCUUGACCAAUACAUAGAUGGGGGUAUGAAAGUCGCGCCACUUGGACAAACCGAGCCAAACGGCCUACCCGCUCUUGAGGCAGCGCCCCAAGGUGUAAUUAAUGUCAUCCAUGGCAUCAUUGAACCUGCAAGGGUUUGUGAGCUAAGAGGGAUAAUUAAGAAAGCCGAGCACAUAAGGGAAGUGCUCUUUGUUCAGCCCGCUGUGAAGAAAGGGAAGACCGAGAAGAAGGACAUCUUUACCUUCUCAAGUAAGGACUUGGAGAGAAUUCAGAUGCCCCACAAUAAUGCUCUAGUAGUGACUCUUCGCGUCAAAGAUUUUGACAUCAAGAGGAUCUUGAUUGACCAGGGGAGUUCGGUCGAAAUCAUGUAUUACGACGCGUUCAAGCAGAUGAAGCUGUAG